AUGGGUCAUAAUAGCCCAUGUGAUAGCAACACAGAGAUCGUUCAAAAAAUCCUGCUACUCGUCGCGCCUUCAGUCUUCGCUGCAACCAUCUACAUGAUCCUUGGCCGUACCAUAAUUGCGGUGCAGGCUGCUCAUCUGUCUCCUAUUCGACCUUCCUUAUUGACCAAGAUAUUUGUUACAGGAGAUGUCAUCUGUUUCUGUGUUCAGUUAGGCGGUGCUGCCAUCAUGUCUGGGGCUAACCUAACCAGUGUCAGAACAGGAAGAUAUAUCAUCCUUGCCGGUCUCGGCUUACAGAUAUUCCUCUUUGGCUUGUUCGUUUUUGUUGCCACCAUUUUCCACAUGCGCAUCCGCAAAGAACGCACUGAUGCAUCGAAUCGCCCUGAGAUCCAAUGGGAAGUGAUGAUCAUGGUUCUAUAUGUUGUCAGCGGUGUGAUCAUGGUGCGAAAUCUGUUUCGAGUUGUCGAGACUGCCGGAGGCCGUGAUGGAUACCUGCUUUCCCAUGAGUGGCCGCUCUUUGUCUUCGACGGCAUUCUCAUGGUGUGUGUUAUGGUUAUCUUACUAUACUACUUCCCCACAUUUAUCAGGCCGAGAAGAGCGUUUGGGAUGGAUGGUAUUGAAACACAGCCUGUGUUGAGCUACAAACAUCGUAAUCCAUACCUGAGAUUUUCUUCACCAGCCCACAACGACAACAACAUCAACAGCAACAGCGACUGA